AUGGGGAAUAAACUGUCAUAUCAAUCUAGAAAAAAACGUAUCAGUAAUUCAACUACAGCAAAGAAAUCUUCGAUUCAAGGCAACUCAUCAUCUUUGAUAGACGAAAAACAUCACGAUACGGAUAGUAACACCCAUACGAGCAGCGUCUGUACGAGUGGAAGAAAGUCUUCUCAGGUAUCAACCACAACUUACUGGUUUCCAAACCACAAUGAUGAGCUAGAUCGAUUAAGUAGCCAACAUUUUGCCUUGAAAAUUCUUUUUGAAGGAAACAUUUCAAGUCACAUCUUGAAUCGACUGAAUAUGGAAAACUCGGUUGUCUUGGAUUUGGGGUGUGGUCCUGGUACUUGGCUUAUGGAUGUAGCAACUGAAUUUCCUGGAAGCCAAUUUUACGGCAUUGAUAUCUUUGAUUUAUUUCCUAGCAACAUUCGACCAGCAAAUGUCACUUUCCAGGUGCGUGAUGCCUUGGAAGGUUUACCUUUUCCGGAUAAUACGUUUGAUCUGGUAAAUUUGAGAAUGUUUAUUAUAUCUAUAAAAGCCAACGAAUGGCCGGUUGUAUUAAAAGAAAUAUACCGGGUAUUAAAACCUGGAGGAUUCAUACAGUGUUGUGAGUGCAGUAUGCUUGAAAGAGGAAAUGAAUUUGUCUUAAAGGCGGGACGAGCAUUUACAGAAAGUGUCAUCGAUAGGGAACAAGAUCCAUAUGUUGCUCACAAGAUGGAUAAAACGUUACAGGCCGCAGACUUUAAUAUCCUCAAUUUUGAAACAAAAGACAUCUACUUUGGCAAAACAGAUGCACUCAAUAAAGAGUUUUUAUGGGAUAUCGUCAUGAUAUUCAAAAGCGCUCAGCCUGUCAUAGAGGAACGAGUUGGAUAUACGGGAGAGGACUAUGAACAAUUUUUGGAGCUAUUUAAUGCCAACCUUCAAAAGAAACCAGACGCCAUAUGGACAUUUUAUCGUUGCGUUGGACAAAAGUAA